UGUGACUCUCUCUCUCUCUCUCUCUCUCUCUCUCUCUCUCUGCAUAUAUGUAUAUAGGAGUAUAUGUAUAUGUUGAUACAUAUGGGAAGCAGAAGAGAGAGAAAACGAGAAAGAAAACGGAAACAACUAACAAAGGAAACUAAAUCACCUCUGUACUCCUUUUUUACGAGGGAUUUUUGGGGAGAGAGAGAGAGAGAGAGAAACAGAGGGGGCCUCGGGAUGCGGAAUAACAGGGGAGGGCUGGGGGUGCUGAGGGCGUCAAUGUGCGGGGCUUCCGAGCAAGAAAUCGAGCAGUUCUCCAGAGACGGAAGCCAUUACAGCCUCUCCACUGGGAUUUUACCGUCUCUUGGCGGCAGGAGUAAUCGCAGGGUCAAGCUCAGUAGAUUCAUUGUCUCCCCUUACGACCGCCGUUACAGGUAAACUAAUUUUUUCAGGGCAUGGGAGACAUUUCUGGUUAUUUUGGUCGUGUACACUGCAUGGGUAUCUCCAUUCGAAUUUGGUUUCCUUGCAAAGCCAAAGGGGCCACUACCAGUUACAGAUAACGUUGUGAACGGGUUUUUCGCCAUUGAUAUCAUUCUCACCUUCUUCGUAGCUUACCUUGAUAAAUCCACCUACCUACUCGUUGAUGACCGAAAGCAAAUAGCCUGGAAAUAUGCAAGCUCUUGGUUGGUAUUUGAUGUCGUUUCCACAAUCCCUUCUGAGCUUGCUAGGAAGAUCUCCCCUGGACCCUUCCGUUCGUAUGGCUUAUUCAACAUGCUUCGUCUAUGGCGUCUUCGUAGAGUUAGUGCUCUAUUUUCAAGAAUGGAGAAAGAUAGGAACUUCAACUACUUUUGGGUUCGGUGUGCCAAGCUUAUAUGUGUCACCCUUUUCGCGGUUCAUUGUGCUGGGUGCUUCUACUAUCUUCUUGCUGCACGUUAUCAUGACCCAUCAAGGACAUGGAUUGGAGCAUCCAUGAAUGACUUCGUUCAUCAAAGCCUGUGGAUCCGAUAUGUCACCUCUAUCUAUUGGUCUAUCACUACUCUCACGACCGUCGGAUAUGGUGACUUGCAUGCUCAGAAUACAAGGGAGAUGGUCUUUGACAUAUUCUACAUGCUUUUCAACCUUGGACUGACUGCGUAUCUGAUAGGAAACAUGACCAACUUGGUUGUCCAUGGUACCAGUAAAACUAGAGAAUUUAGAGACACAAUUCAAGCAGCUUCAAAUUUUGCACAGAGAAACCGUUUGCCUGUUAGGCUGCAAGAUCAGAUGCUUGCCCACUUAUCUUUGAAGUUCAGAACGGACUCUGAGGGUUUGCAGCAGAAGGAGACUCUUGAUACCCUUCCGAAAGCCAUCCGAUCAAGCAUUUCACAUUUUCUUUUCUAUUCUCUUGUAGAUAAAGCAUACUUGUUUAGUGGGGUGUCCAAUGACUUGCUAUUCCAGCUGGUUUCGGAGAUGAAAGCCGAGUAUUUUCCUCCCAAAGAAGAUGUGAUAUUGCAGAACGAAGCACCCACGGACUUCUACAUUCUUGUCACUGGAGCUGUGGAUCUGCUGAUCUUCAAAAAUGGAGUGGAACAGGUCGUUGGAGAGGCUAAAACUGGUGAUCUAUGUGGAGAGAUUGGUGUACUUUGUUACAGGCCACAGCUCUUUACAGUGCGGACCAAAAGAUUGAGCCAAUUACUACGAAUGAACCGUGCCACUUUCUUGAAUAUUGUUCAGGCCAACGUUGGUGAUGGAAACAUAAUCAUGAAUAAUCUCCUUCAGCAUUUGAAAGAAAUGAAGGACCCGAUAAUGGAUGGAGUUUUACUGGAAACAGAAAACAUGCUUGCUCGUGGUAGAAUGGACUUACCUCUCAGCCUAUGCUUCGCAACACUCAGAGGAGAUGACUUAUUGUUGCAUCAGUUGUUGAAACGAGGAUUGGAUCCAAACGAGUCGGACAACAACGGGAGGACUGCACUGCACAUAGCGGCAUCUAAAGGAAGUGAGAAUUGUGUGCUUCUUCUACUGGACUAUGGAGCAGAUCCGAAUAGCAGAGAUUUAGAAGGCAAUGUCCCACUGUGGGAGGCCAUAGUGGCUAACCACGAACCAGUUGUCAAGCUACUGAAAGACAAUGGUGCCACCAUUUCUCACGGCGACGUGGGCCAAUUUGCGUGCACUGCGGCAGAGCAAAACAACUUGGACUUGCUCAAGAAAAUCGUUACUCAUGGUGGCAACGUAACUCUCCCGAGAAGCAACGGAACCACCGCCCUUCACGUGGCGGUUUGCGAAGGCAACACGGAAAUAGUCAAGUUCCUUUUGGACCAUGGAUCUGACAUGGACAAACUGGAUGGCAACGGGUGGACCCCGAGGGAGCUAGCCGAGCAACAAGGACAUGAUGAGAUAAAAACCCUUUUCCAAUCCAUCGAAUCGGUCAAGGCUGUACCAGGACUGAACAUUUCAGUCCCAAUACAACAAAAACAUGAGACUCGGUUCCUAGGGAGAUUUACAAGCGAACCAACGAUCCGACCCGUUUCCCAGGAUGGCAUGGAAGGAUCGUGGGGUCAAUUUCAAUCUCAAUCUCAAUCCCAAUCCCAAUCCCGUUCCCGUCCCAGGCGUAGAUCAAGUAACUUCCACAAUUCCUUGUUUGGGAUCAUGUCGGUGGCACACGGAGGGAAUAACGAUUUAAUCUUGUCUAUGAGUCCAAAACCAAAAAAGGGUGUUAAGCUGAGUAGAGAUUACCCGCCGAGAGUGACGGUGAGUUGGCCCGAAAAGGGAGAUGUGAAAGGAAAGCUUGUGUUGCUUCCACGGAGUUUUGAAGAGCUAUUGGACGUUGGUGCUAAGAAAUUCGGAUCGUUGCCUAGCAAGGUUCUGACGAAGGAUGGAGCUGAGGUUGAUGAUAUAGAGCUGAUUAGAGAUGGUGAUCAUCUUGUAUUUUGUUGCGAUGGUGGUCAGGUGGGAGAAACCAAUCGCCCAAAUGGCGAAGUGGCACAUUGAUUUGUUGUCUUUACCAUUUUUUGUGCUAAUUGCGUGGUCGGAUUGCUGAUUGACUGAUUCAAUGUAUAAAUGUUUGUUU